AUGGAUAAUACAGACCAGGACGAGGGGCUCGUUCAGUCUUUCAGUCAGACACAAACUGUGACAUCGAACACAGGAGUCAGUUCAAAGGAACAACAGAAACAGCUGGAUGAGUCUGAACAUCAGCCUAAAUCCAACCAGGAGACACCACAGCCAAAAAAAGACCCCCCACCGCUGGCGCUCAUCAAGUUCCGCAUACAGCAGCUACACAACAGGCGUUUCCUUCUGCUGAAGAUGCAGCACUUCAGAAAGAAACAGGGGGAUAAUAGCAGCGGGACCACAGAGGGAAUGACGUGUGAGGACAGUGAUGAAGUGUGUGAGCUGGAGACCAUCCAGAAGGAGCUGGAGGAGCUGCUGGUUAAGAUGGAGGAGCUGGAGAAACAGGGAAAGAGCAGAGCAAAAGACGGUCAACAGGAUGCACUACGUCCCACUUUUUAUAAAACCGAGACACCCACUGGGGGGAUCUACAUGCUGCCGCCACCUCAGCUGACACAGGAGGACGGCACACUGGGGCCCGUCAUAAAAACUUUAUCUGCAGCACAAACACCAACAGACAUGAUCGUUCCAGUGGACAGUCUGGGCGAGACGCCGGCCGUCACCCAGUGCCCAACCUGUAGAGAGGUCAUCUUGACAGAAACCCGCAGCACAAGCUCUGUUCUUAAGUUCAGCUCCUCCACCCGAAAAAUGUACAAUGUUCACGACGAUGAUAAGCGGCGCAAGGUGGAUGAGGACGAGCAGGAGAGCUGA